CAAGAAUACAUUAUAAACUGAAGCAGAGGAAGCCUCGAGUAUGCUGCAGACAAGGAUUUUUCUAAACCAUAAAUUCAUCUAUGCGGCUCUACCUUCUGUCUAAUUAAUGAAAUGUAAACAAGGAGUUCCUUCUGUUACUCACAUGGCGAAGCAGUUUCACUCGUCUUUUUUGUCUGCUUUUCGUUACGUUUUUGCUCCCUCUACUGGUGGGGUCAACUUAUUACAUAGGUUAUAAAACACACACACAUGGCUUUUGUAACUACCAGUCAGCUGGUGUUUGGUAACGAGUACUGGUGGCAGAGAACGUAAUGUUCGCCAGUUACAUUUUACUUUAGCACACUUUUACUUGUACUAUACCGUCACUUUUCACAUCUAAGAUGCCUCACUCAGCCGCCGGUGACCAAGCUGCGGUGAGACAGAUGUUGAGGGAGGUGCUGGUGGGUCGAGAAGAUCCGGAGGGCUUCUUCGCGAUGUGUGUGUCCAUCCUGGGGCACCAAGAGACGCGUUCGCAGUUUCUGUCCAUCAUCAAGCCACUGUCCACGGCCAACAUCCGGCUGCACUCUGUCCUCAGUUUCAUCUACCAGGGAUAUUUCUCGAAGAUGGAGGAUGAUGAGCUGGAGCUUGCUUUGGCUCUCUCUCUUCUGGAUAUGAAGGAUCAGCAGAUAUCAACCCCUAACCAAAUGACCCUGCAUCCUGCAGUCGGAGGCAAUGCAAGCAGCAGUCUACGCAAUUCAAACGCAAAAACUCAAGGAAAUAGUUGCACCCAACAAGAAGACGUACCUGGCAGAGAAAAGAGUGCCUUUGUGGCACAAUCAAUGUCCGGUAAUAAGGAAAACUUCAGAGAGAACCAAACUUAUAAAAGUACACAUGUUGAAGGUGUUGAUAACAAAUCACUUGGAACAAGCCAGGCUCUUUAUGUUCCAGAUUCCUCUACCUCAUUUUCUAUUCCAAACACACCAUCCGUAAGUGGCCAAGUUAUGAAGGAGGGAGAUUUGAAUCUAUCAAAGAAACCAAGAUGUUCUAAAAAUAGGCGGCAACGGCGAAAAGUAGCUAUGCAGCAGAUUGUAGGUUUAAAACGUUCUCCAUCAGCGCCACCACCUGUUUUACUUUGGUUCAGGAGAGACCUUAGACUCUGUGAUAACCCUGCACUCAUCAGAUGUCUUGAACUGGGUGCACCUGUCAUUCCUGUCUUUAUUUGGAGUCCUGAGGAGGAGGAGGGUUCAGGGGUCACCCUUGCUAUGGGGGGAGCUUGUAAAUACUGGCUUCAUCAGGCUUUGUCUUGCUUUUGUGCAUCCCUGGAGCGGAUUGGCAGUCAUCUCAUCUUUCUCAAAGCCAGUGGAGAUGGGAACAAAGACGGAUCUUCUCUGUAUACGCUGAAAACAUUAGUAAAGGAGACCGGGGCACAAACUGUGAUGGCUAAUGCUUUGUACGAACCAUGGCUGAAGGAGAGGGAUGAUGUGGUUUUCUCAGCCCUGCACAAAGAAGGUGUUGAAUGUAAAAUGUUCCACUCGUACUGUCUCAGAGAUCCGUUUUCUGUCAGCACAGAGGGUGUGGGGCUCAGAGGCAUAGGUUCAGUGUCUCAUUUCAUGAACUGCUGCAGACAAAACCCAGGAGCUUCUAUAGGUGUUCCUCUGGACCCACCAGUGUCUCUUCCUUCACCUACCCGCUGGCCACAAGGUGUCCCAUUGGAUAUGCUUGGCCUCGCAUGCAUGCCACGCAGGAAGGACGGCACAAUUAUUGACUGGGCUGAAAACAUUCGCAAGUCCUGGGACUUUAGUGAAGACGGAGCACAUGCCCGACUGGAAGCUUUUCUUCAUGAUGGUGUGUAUAGAUAUGAAAAAGAGUCAGGCAGGGCAGAUGCUCCGAACACCAGCUGUCUGUCUCCCUACCUGCACUUCGGUCAGCUCAGUCCACGCUGGCUUCUAUGGGAUGCCAAAGGAGCCAGGUGUCGACCCUCAAAGUUCCAACGGAAGCUGGCCUGGAGGGAUUUGGCAUACUGGCAGCUAACACUGUUUCCUGAUCUGCCCUGGGAAUCACUCAGACCUCCAGCUUUACGUUGGAGCACUGAUUGCCGCCACCUAAAGGCUUGGCAGAAAGGUAAAACCGGCUACCCUCUGGUUGACGCAGCCAUGAGGCAGCUAUGGCUGACAGGCUGGAUGAACAACUACAUGCGACAUGUAGUGGCAUCUUUUCUCAUUGCUUAUCUCCAUCUGCCUUGGCAAGAGGGCUAUCGCUGGUUCCAGGACACCCUCGUGGAUGCAGAUGUUGCUAUCGAUGCUAUGAUGUGGCAGAACGGUGGUAUGUGUGGCCUGGAUCACUGGAACUUCGUGAUGCAUCCAGUUGAUGCAGCAAUGACCUGUGACCCGUACGGCAGCUAUGUCAGGAAAUGGUGUCCUGAGCUUGCAGAUUUGCCAGACGAGCUCAUACACAAACCCUGGAAAUGUCCUGCAUCCAUCCUGCGGCGAACAGGUGUGGUGUUUGGCCAGACGUAUCCUGAACGAAUAGUUACCAAUCUAGAGGAGCAGAGGAGCAAAUCUCUACAAGAUGUAGCUCUGGUGCGCAAGCAGUUUGAACAGUAUGUUGACAAGCGCUCAGGCUGUGAUUUGGUGCCUUUGCCCAAACGCCUUGUGUCUGAGGCUCUAGGUGUGUCUCACUGGGACGGGGCUGUGGUGACAGAGGGGAAACAGUUCCUGCUGCCUGUCAUCACCCGCAUGGAAUUCAAACACCAGCUGGAAGACCCGGACGCAGAUGCUGCUUCAAACCCUUACAACGCUGUCCUGAAAGGAUACGUGAGCCGCAAGAGGGACGAGACCAUAGCGUUCCUAAAUGAGACAGACUUUACAGCUAGUGUGAUGUACGAGGGAGCACACAGACAGGAGAGACUAGAGAGGGAUUACCGCAGAAUAGAGGGGCUCCCUCCGGCUCCAUCAAACCGUGGAAGGGCCAGAAGGACUCCAACAGCCAAGGACAAGUUCUCUGUUGUACCCGGUGGUGCCAUCGCUUCAAGGAACUGAACCAGAGAAGAAACAUGAAAUACUUCAAGGAUCAAAGUUACAAAAUUGUAAUGUACAUAAAAUACACACAUUGCUGGUGUAUUUUUUAAAGUGAACAGCUGUCUCCACAAGCGGCUUCCAUCCCUCUGCAUGCACACUACAAUGUUGGUUGAGACAGCAGAAAACUUUUUCAAAUUUUUCUACAUUAUAACCACAAUGUACUGCAUUGGAAUUUUAUGUAACACAUCAGUACAAUGUAGUGCACAACUAUGAAGUCGAAGGAAACUGAUGCAUAGUCCUUUGAUUUGGAAAUUUAAUCUCAUUCUUCUUUGCAAAGUAGUUACAAUGAAGAGAAUCUGUGACGAAUUUUCUGAAGACCAAUUUUCAAGGUUGCCACAGAUUCUUAGUUGGAUUUAGGUUUGAACUUUGGGUCAUUCAGACGUGUAUAUACUUUGAUUUAAUCCAUUCCACUGCAUCUCUUGCUGUUUUUGGGGUUAUUCUUGUAAAUCUCAAGAUAUUUUUAGCUUCCCAUAGCUUUUCUUCCUGGAAAACUGUGAUUGCUUUUGGCUCCAUUCACUUUCCCAUCAACUUUAACCAGUUUCCCUAUUCCUGCAUCAGCAAAAUGAAGCUGCCACCACCAUCCACCCUGAGGAUAGGGAUGUUCAGGGUGAUGUCCAAUAUUAAGUUUCAACCAUGCAUAAUGUACGUAUUGGCCAGAAAGUCCAAUUUUGGUGUCAUCAUCUUCAACCUGGUGUCUGUAGUCUCACCACUUAUCUACAAAAGUUGUAUCUUUGGAAUGUACAACCAUUUUCCCACCUGACUUACAGAUCUCUGCUGCUCCAUUAAAGUUAAUAAGAGCCUC